AUGUCGGGCAACGGAUCCGGAGUUGCGGCGUUGGCCGGGCCGUGCUCGGCGCCGAUCGCGGGUUGCGAGACGCGGAAGCGUCGGGCUCAGCGAUGCGCGGGGCGGGCGAUGCUUGGCGUCGGGCGAGGCAGCGAUGGCGUCGGCAAAGGCGCGGCGAUGCUCGGGAGCGGCGGGACCGGUGGCGGGGGCGUCGGUGAUGAGUCUUGGGCUGUUGGUUGCGGUGGGCUUCAGCCCCUAAGCGGCGUCGGGCGGCGCGAGCUUCGGGUGUCGGGUGAAGCCAAGGGCAAGCAAACCAAUGGCGGUGUGGAGGCGCGGCGGAGCUUUGGAGAUCAACGGGCGGCGUCGCGGGCGAGCGAGGGGUGUUGCAGCGGCGCGGCGUCGGCGAGGGCGAGAGCGCGGUCGUCGGGGUGCGGUGCGAGGCCGGGAGCGGCGGUGGUGCGGUGGUGGGUGGCGCUCGGCGAUCAUCGGGAGCGGCGGGCUUCGUCGGAGCUCCGGCGUCGGGUCUCCGCGAGUUGCAGCGCGGGUGAGGAGUGGAUUUGGGGAAGAUGA